AAGAGUUCAUCAGAUAAGUCACCACCAUGUCUCUCCACCCACGAAGAAGUUUCCUUGAUCACAAACUAUUCUCAAACUCAAAAGAUCUGCCCUUUAGGGAUACCCAGAUCUUUUCCUUCUGUAAAGUCUCCACCUUUCACGUUUUUUUGCUUCUUACCUGAAUCCAACCUUGCCGUCGCCGGCGAACUCACCUUCCUUCUUCUGGUUGACUCGUCGGACAUAGUCCGACCUUUCAAUUCGUCGAUUCUACUUUCAAUUUACUGAUCGAUUUAUUAGAAAUGGGUUACUGGUUCUUCUAAGUCUCUCUUUAGCUGAAACUUUUGUGCUCUACGACAGUUCGAUUUAUCCUUACUUGUUUAAGUUCUUCUUCAAAUUCGUACUAAUGGCGAUAAGAAUUACUUUUACCUAUUCCACCCAUGUUGCUCGUAAUCUCGUCGGGACCCGUGUUGGUCCCGGCGGCGAUCUUCGUUGCUGCUUUGAGUCUUUGGUUCGUCCUAGAUUCUUCACCCACAAGCGUGAUUUUGAUCGAUCUCCUAGAUCCGAUCCUCGGACUCGACCUGCGUCGAUGUACGGUAGCAUCGCGAGGGAACUCAUCGGAGAAGGAAGUCAAAGCCCGCUUGUGAUGGGUUUGAUCUCGAUUUUGAAGUCAACGUCGGCUCAUGAGUCGUCGUCGAUGAAUGUUCUGGGGGUUUCAUCACUCAAGGCUUCUUCUAUCAUUCCGUUUCUUCACGGAUCGAAAUGGACGAAGAAGUCUCAAGGAAUUGAUGUGGACAGGGGAGGAACGGCGUUUGAUGAUGAUGAUGAUGAAAAGGAGUUUAGUGGUAAGGAAUCGAGGAGUGGAGGAAGUGGAUGGGUUAAUAAGCUUUUGGGUAUCUGUUCUGAGGAUGCCAAGGCUGCUUUCACGGCGGUUACUGUCUCUAUCCUUUUCAGAUCGGCUCUUGCGGAGCCAAAGUCUAUUCCUUCCGCGUCUAUGUACCCUACCUUAGAUGUGGGUGAUCGUGUUAUGGCGGAGAAGGUCUCAUACUUUUUCAGGAAGCCAGAGGUGUCAGAUAUAGUAAUUUUCAAGGCUCCUCCGAUCUUGCUGGAACAUGGAUACAGUUCCAAUGAUGUUUACAUAAAAAGGAUAGUGGCAAGUGAAGGUGACUGGGUUGAAAUUCGUGAUGGGAAGCUCUUUGUGAAUGACAUUGUGCAAGAAGAAGAUUUUGUCUUAGAGCCAAUGUCCUAUGGAAUGGAACCAAUGUAUGUCCCCAAAGGCCAUGUUUUCGUCCUCGGAGACAACCGCAACAAAAGUUUUGACUCUCACAAUUGGGGUCCACUUCCAAUAGAGAACAUCCUUGGAAGAUCUGUGUUCCGGUACUGGCCACCGAGCAAAGUAUCAGACACCAUAUACCACGACCAAGCUAUCCCAAAGGGACCUGUUGCAGUUUCAUGACGAAAAAUAAUGUUGGAAUGCUUCUUAGUGUAUUAAAGCACAAGAUCGUGCAAAACCAGUCUAGUCAGAAUUGGGUAGACCUGGAAUUGAAA